AUGGUCUUCUUAAUCAUAGCUUAUGCAGUAUCCAUUGCUGGAAAUGGACUCAUCUUGUUAGUGGUUGUAUUUGAUUCACGGCUUCACAACCCCAUGUAUUACUUCCUCUGUAAUUUGUCCAUCAUUGAUCUCUGCAUCAUAACAACUGGGGUCCCACAAACUAUAGUCAACUGUUUAGAGGACCGCCCUGUUAUGUCUCUUUCUUUAUGCUAUACCCAGAUCUAUGUUGGUUUAUGCUUUGGAACAACGGAAAAUUUCCUCCUGGCUGUCAUGGCUUACGAUCGUUAUGUUGCUAUCUCCAACCCACUGCGCUACACACUCAUCAUGAAUAUGAGCGUUUGUAUUGUGUUAACCACCAUGACGUGGAUUACAGCCUUUAUGCUUACUGUUGUGCCCUGUCUUGCUAAACCAGCUAGAUUCUGUGGAAACAAUGAAGUUGAUGGUUUGUCAUGUGAAUUUAAAUCUGUAUUUAAGCUCAUUUGUACAGAUACAUCUUUGAGCCAAAUAAGCAUGUACUUUACUAGCACCGUUACCUUAGUUUUCCCCCUAUGUUUCAUUCUUUUUUCUUAUUUGCGCAUUCUAGUGGCCAUUCUGAGGAUGCAUUCAAAAGGAGGUAGGAUGAAAGCAUUUUCCACAUGUGGGUCCCAUCUUACAGUGGUGUCCAUGUAUUUUGGCACUUGUAUCUUCUCCUAUCUUCUUCCUCAGACAAAGAGCACAAGUGAAAUUGAUAAAAUAAUAUCUUCCUUUUAUGGCAUUUUGACACCGAUGCAAGCCACUGGGAUCAAGUCCCCUUCCUACAUCCAGACCUUAUUCAUCAGCCCACACCAGUGGAAACCGAGAACCUCCACCGCACUGAUGGACGAAGCCCCGGCCCGGCACGAGACCAUCCUCACCCGACCACCUGCAGGAGAGUCCGGAGAAGAGGUCGACGCAUCACGCGUGAGCCUGCCCGACUCGGAGGACGAGGAGGAUGGAGCUGAAGGCCCGGGGAGAGAGAACAAAGCCACCCGCUUGGAAGAAAAGAUCUUGGGGAAAGUAAAGACCCAGAUGGAGGGGCUGGCAAAGGACCUCCGAAGCGAGAUCCAAAGUAACACCCAGGCAAUUGCCCGGUAA